AUGAUACCGAAGAGAAGUCCUUGCUCGAGUACAAACAGCUACACGAUAGGCGGAAGCAGCAUCGAUUUACAACCCCAGCAGCUGGUUCUCCAAAAACAGCAACAGCAGACAAGUCAACCGCAGCAUCAGCCGCAGCAGCAACAGCAGCAACUACAACUACAACAGCAGCUACAACAAUCAUCGAGUUUAUCAAGUAGUAAUAGUCUAAUUAAUAACAACGGUAAUCAAAUUAGAGAUAGGGAUAGUACCAAUUACGUGAACGUGUCCUCGAUAUCGGCCCUCAACGUGUCCUCCAUUAGUAACAACAACAACAACAACAGCAACAUCAUCAACAAUAACAGUAGCAGUAGUUCCAACAGUACCAAUCACCACGUCAACCUAAUAGGCGCAUCGACAGCGUCAGCCACAAUGACCACCUCAGCCGCAAUUUCGCCUCCUCGGCCAAUGCAGAAGGUGAUACCAACGGUAGUGUAUCUGAUGUCCCGCAUAGCUGUACAUAUGGAGAUAGAGGGAACCGCACAAUGCCCGGCCCAGGUGAUGUUGGCCGCGGCACUCGGCUGUGAAGAACUAGGAAUAACCAAUAAGCUGUUGGCGCAGAGUGUGUUCGGUCUAUGGAUGACCAGUCCACUGCUGGAGGUGCAGCUGAAGCCACACCAUCGGCCCUACGCCGUCAGAGUAGCGUGGUCCAAACUGUUGGAUAAGCACAGCCACGGGAAUGAGCUGGAGAAGUUGUCCGAUGAACCGAUGACCACUCUGAGGCGGAAUGUGUUCUUUUCGCGGAAGGAUGAGGAAAAAAUCAAGGAUCCCCGGAUACUGGAGCUGUUAUACGAGGAAGCCCGGCAUAACGUUUUGCUGGGUCGGUACGUGAUGGAGUCGUCGCAUUCGAUAAUGUUGGGAGGAAUCCAGGCGAGGAUAGAACUAGGGCCGUACAAUUCCCACACUCAUUCGACUAGCUAUUUUAGAGAAAAUCAAUUCCGUUUCCUACCGGCGCAUGUUGCUAAAAGUUCCAGUUGGUCGUGGCUUCCAAUCAGCCGGCGAUCGUCGGCUGAGGUAAGACUGCUAGAGCAAUUCAAACGGGUACCAACAACAGCCACCACUAAGAAGCUGAUGCGGAAGUACUUGGAAUUCUGCUGGGCGUUACCAUUCUACGGUGCUGCGUAUUUUCACGGGCAAGUAGAACAACCCGUGAGAGGCCUGUCGAGUUUGAUGCAACAAAAGGAUCUACCCGUACUGAUAGCAGUAAAUGAACGGGGCAUCUUCGUGAUAGACCACAUCGAAUGCACAUUGUUGCUGGGUUUGAAAUACGAAGAACUUUCGUGGGAUUACGCAAAGCCCAGCAACGUGAGCGAUCCGGAAUGUAUGCAGUGUAUAUUUCUGCAGUUCGCCGCCGUGGAAAACGGAAUUGCCGCCACCAAACUUAUGCAAAUCUUCACCCGCCAAGCUGCCAUGAUAGACGCCUUAAUAUCCCACUUCACCGAUCAGGCCAAGCGGCGGAAAGAAAGCGGCGAGGGUGACAUCCCUGCCGGAGAGAACCAGUAUGAAGCAGAACCAAAUCCAAUCCAGAACAACGGAAACGGUGUACUGAGCAACAAGUUGUCUCGCCUGACCUUGGCCACAUUCGACGAUGAAGGCCGCUGCAUUGGCCAGAUGGGAUCGCUAUCAAUUAGUUAUUAACAUUUAAUUCUCGUCUAAGUGGAGGUCGUGUUGUAAAGUUUCUAUCCUAGGGCAACGAUUCACAUGUUGAAAGAGAUAGAUGAAGAAAACCGCGGAAAAAAGACUACGACGAAGUUAAGUGAUCUGCAGAGCAGGAGCGCAAAAACCUAGGGUUGAUACCCAAUUUAUACUUCAUUUCCCGGCUAGCAAAAUCUUAUCUAAAUAAUAAUAAGCAUAAAAUGGAUUCAGAAUUCAACUCGCAGCUGUUGAUAUUCACGUGAUAUUGUAUGACAUGAAUAAUAGAAUAAAUCAUAACUGCACUAGCAUCCGCGUCCCAUUACAGUCGGAUCAGUCAGUGUGAGAAGCAUGUGAAUCGAAUACGAAUUUACUUGUAAAUAGGUAAUCCAAUUGAUUGAUAUCUUUUUAAAGGAAGAAUAAGCAAACAAAACCAACUUUGUACUCUUACAACAAAUUAGUUCAAUAUUACACCAACAUAAUCGCAUUCACUCACACUCAGUCAUUUUCAGAUGUAAAUCUACUUAGCAAAGUCAACCAAAAUAACAAAACACAAAUCCCACGCGUUUCCUUGUAUAACAAUGCCCUGAAAAAAAAGUUGUUGACGCAGUAAGGAUGUAUAUUAAGACGAUCCCAAAACCCAAAUCACUCAAAGUAACACAAAUAUACUUACACACGUACACAAAAACAGAACAGAAAAACCAAUAACGAUUCGAACCAGAAUGGAAUUUAAUUGCAAAGUCUGCGGCAGAGAUAGAGCGAUAGCCAGAAAUAGACAGGAAAAGUGAUGAACAAGGAAUAGUAGAAAUGAAUGCAAAGUGGUCAAAUAAUUUUGAUAAGUUCAAUUUAAUAAGGAAAAUAUACCAAGUGAAUAUGUAAAUCUACCUUAUAUAUACCGGAUAAGAUAAAUAUAUAUUUAGAUAUUUUGUACUAAAACACGUAAAAAAAACAUGAAAAGCAGAAACAAAACGAUGCAAGCUGAAAAUGAGUUUAGAAACGACCACUGAUCCGAAAUAUAGAAAAAAAGAAGAACUCUAAGAAGUCGAACGACUUGCGUGCGGAAACAAAAUGGGAUAUAAAACUGGGAAGCAAAUCGCCAAAAGGGAGUCAAACGGAUAUCAAUAAUGUAAGCUAAGCAAGUUUGAUCAGAAAUGCGAUAAUAUGAACAUCACUACUGGGGCAGCAGAGUCAGGGAGAUGACGAAGAAAGCAGAAGCGCAAUUAGGGCUGAAGCAUAUGGAGGUAGCAGAGUCGACAAGAGAAGAUGAUUAAUUUUGAAUAAAAAAAGGUAUCUGUA